AUGCCUCCGCCGCAUUCUCAAGAAAUACCAAAAGCUCACGCAGCUUCUAAUCCCCAAACUACCACUAAUACCCGUGCAAACCAUGCACAGGCUGCUUCCACUUCAUCACAACAACAGCUACAGCAACAGCAACAGCAACAACGGCCUACAGACCUUGACCUUGUUAAGGCGGUGCUACCCCAACGCAUUCUUGGGCUGCCUUCUGGUGAACGUGCUAAAAUCUCGGCUCUUAGGGCUUACAGCGAUAAGCUCCUGGUCGGACUGACCUCCGGUACAUUACUUGUCUACAGCAUUGAUGACCCUCUAGCAUCCGGUCGGCCACGCGUUACCCUCAUCAAAACAAUUCGCGACUUUGCACCCAAAGGUGGGGUUGAUCGACUUGGUGUUCUCCGCGAUGCUGGGGUACUUGUGGCUCUGUGCGAUAACGUAGUAUCAGUAUAUGACCUCGAGACACUUGCGUUUGACGAAACAUUAUCAAAAACCCGUGGUGCAACAACAUUUGCAAUUACCUUUGGUGUUAAACCUGAUGACAGUGAUGAUGAUUCCAGCUCUUUAGAUAAACCACCUCCUCCCUUGACAACUGUAUCGCGGCUUGUGGUUGCAUGUAAGCGCCGGCUAGUGUGCUACGAGUGGCGAGACUCGGAAUUUUCCGAGUUUCGUGAAAUCAACAUGCCCGACCGCGCAAAAUCACUUGAAUUUCUUAACCCUGACCGACUUGUAUGCGGUUUAGGUUCCGGUGAUUAUUGCACUGUUGACAUUCCAACCGCAGAAAUCUCUAGCAUCGCUCUCCCAGAACCCUCAUCAGCAGGAACUCACACACACUCGUUUGCAUCUGUGGGCAUCUCAGCAUACAUUGGUCUUGGAUCGAGGUCACCAUUCCCUCAUGCUACUGCGCUCCCAGAUGAUCACACUGCAUUUUUAGCAAAAGAUACGGCAUCUCAAUUUGUAGAUGAACACGGCCAUAUUCUUGAUCGUCCUGCUAUCGCUGAUUGGACUGCACCUCCAGAAGCCCUUGGAUACCUUUACCCUUAUCUGCUCUGUGUUCUACCCAAGCAUAUUGAACUGCGUAACCCAUAUACUACCUCACUGCUACAAACAGUCGAAAUCCCAGGUGUCAAGGCAUUGACAUGCGGCAAGUUCACCUGCGUGGCUACUCAAAACCAAGUCUUUCGGUUCCAACCUGUGGAUCUACGCACUACAGUUCAAGCUCUGGCAGACAAGGCCCUUCUUGAAGAAGCAAUUAGUUUACUAGAGCAUGUCGAUUCUGCAUAUAUCUCUAAUCGCGAAGACUUGCUUCGAAAAUUUAAAACCUUAAAAGCUAUUGACAUGCUCAAGAAGAAAAAGUUUGAACCAGCUCUUGCUCUUUUUUCCAGUGUUUCUGCAGACCCAAAAACAGUCGUUGAGUUGUUCCCGGCACAAAUUUCUGGUUCCGGUGAGGAUCUUAUUCGAUAUACAGAUUCAGUCCCCAACUCGCGAAUGCUCCAGUCGCGAACCCUUUCAUCUUCUUCAUCUUCUUCGAUAUCUUCAAAAUCACAAAUCAAAGGUGGGAAACGGACAGUAGGUAUGCCAGGCACCCGUCAGCUGUCUCAUACAGACUCACUUGGCCCCCCGUCAUCUCCUUCUGAAAGUGUUUCUUCGCCAACCUCUUCGUCAUCUGCAUCUUCUGGCGACAACUCGUGGUCUGAAAAGGAGCUUUCGGUGGCGCUGCGUGCCCUUGUCAAUUUUCUUGCAGAUACGAGACGCAAAAUAGCACUCAUCACAACUGCAGAUGAUCCUGUUGAUAGCAGUGGGCAGCGCCUAACUGCAGAAACUUAUGGUGGCGAUCUUGACAAAACAGCCAGUCUUGUUGAUACUACCAUGUUCAAAUGUUAUGUCAUUCAGAGCCCUGCACUAAUUGGUCCACUGUUACGCAUCCAUAACCACUGUGACCCAGCUAUUGUACGCCCAGUAUUAUCACAUUACGGUAAAUGGAAAGAUCUUAUUGACUUUUACUUUGGCAAAGCAUUCCAUAGAGAGGCUCUGGAGCUUCUUCGUGAACUUUCUAAACCUUCUACAACGACCACUGCAGUAACUGCCACGCCAGAUUACCUCAAGGGCCCAGAACCAACCGUGAGGUAUCUCCAACGCUUGGAUAACAAAUACCUGGACCUGAUUUUCGAGUUUGCCAAAUGGCCGCUUGAGUUUAACGCGACGUUUGGCGAGGACAUCUUUUUGGAGGACUCAUCUGAGAGCGAGUCCUUAGAUAGAGAAAAGGUGCUGGCGUACCUCGAAGACACUUCGCGUGCGCUUACAAUCAAGUACCUGGAGCAUGUUAUAUUUGAUAAAAAGGAGCAAAACAAUGCUUUCCAUACAGCGCUGGCCAUAAACUACAUCAAAUCCCUUUCAGACACUGACAACUUUGAUAAACUUGUUAGUUUCCUGAAACCUCCCGAUUCAAAAUACAAGCUUUCUAAAGUCCUGCUUUCUUUACCAGCAAAAAAUAGCGAUUGUACGCCGCAACAACUUGAAAUUAAAGCUAUUCUCUACGGCAAACAGGGAGAUGCGCGUACAGCGCUCAUGAUUUACACAUUCGAGCUCAAGGAUGAUGCCAAGGCCCACGCAUUUUGUGGUGAGGUGUAUGAUGCAGACGCAGAGCUUGGUCGCCGCGCACUUCAUACACUCAUUUCACUUUACCUUACCCCUCCAGAGUCAGUUGGUGGUUCAGAGAAGCAGCGCUUAGAUCUUGCGCUGGACCUUCUCGCUACACAGGGCUCGCGUAUGUCUGUAGUUGAAAUUAUCAACCGAUUACCCGAGGAUACAAAGAUCCACGAUAUUGCUGUUUUCCUUACGUCGCAAAUUCGGGGCCUACGUGCAGCAUGGAACGGUGCACAAGUAGAUGCUGCUCUGCGUAAAGUUCAUCUUGUCAAAGUUCAAGAAGAGCUCUUAGCGACACAGCAAAAGCAUACAACAACCAUCACUUCGCUGCGCACGUGUCGUAUAUGUCUUAAGCGACUUGGACACUCGGUCAUUAGCGUGUUCCCAGAUGGUACGGCCAUACAUUACGGGUGCGCACGAAUUUACCAAGAGCAACUUGACGAGGAGGCCAAGCGUAGGCAAGCAAAACGUACGGGGAAAACCGGUAAACAGAAUGGCAACGCCCAUCGCGAUAGCAUUUCCAAAGCGAGCUCUUAA